GCUAUGGAUACGGCCAGUGCACGUGGUGGUGAAAUACCUGUGUUUACGGUGGACGCGUUUGCUUUGUCAGCGUUUGAAGGCAAUCCCGCCGCUGUUUGUCUUGUUAGCGACGAGCAGAAGAAGACAUUGAAUUUCGAUGAGAAUUUGAUGCAGAAGAUAGCAACGGAGAUGAACUUGUCCGAGACUGCUUUUAUUUUCAUGGUUGACGGGAAUUCGUUCCUUUCUGGUGAACGCUUUGGCUUGCGUUGGUUUACUCCCAAGUGUGAAGUUCCUUUGUGUGGCCAUGCCACGUUGGCAUCUGCUGCCAUCAUCUUCUCUGUUUGCAAAAACGCAUCAGAAAAUAUUACUUUUGAGACACUGAGUGGUGAGCUGAUGGCUCGCCAAAGUGGCAAAGGUAGCAUCACUCUUGAUUUUCCUCUCAAUCCACCUGAACCGUAUGAUAGGGAUAAGGUGGAGUCAUUGGUGAGGGCAGCUGUAGGUGAAGUAACAGUGAAGGAAGUGCAGUACUCUCCAACCACCAAGAAAUUGUUAGUCAGACUCGAUGACUCUGUAACUCGUCAAAUGUUAGAGAAUUUAAAUCCGGAUUCAUCGGACUUACUUUCAGCUCAUUCAGGCGACUCUGUCCGUGGUGUCAUAGUUACUGUACUUGGGUCAGAACCGUAUAAUUUCUAUUCUAGAUACUUUGCUCCUUGGGUUGGGAUCAGCGAAGAUCCAGUGACCGGCUCAGCUCAUACAGUCUUGGCUGCCUAUUGGUGUAGAGUUCUAGGAAGACAGGAUCUGUUUGCAAGGCAAUGCUCAAAACGUGGUGGCGAUCUUCGACUCAACUUGAGGAGCGAUGGGCGAGUUGACAUUAUAGGAAUGGUACAUAUUGCCCUGAAGGGCACAUUUCAGUUGUGAGGAAACUUUUGUUGUAUGGUUUUAUUUCUUUAUUAUGAACACAGUGACUAACUAAACAAUCAAUAGCUGAACAUGAGAAAGAAUUCACAAUCCAUUGCUUAUCAAGGCACAU